GCCACCGGCUGCCCGGCGGCGAGCGCAGGCGCCGCGGAGUGCUUACCUGUAGCAGGUGCCGGUUCCUGGGAGCAGCGCGGACUGCAGCCGCCUCUGCGUGGAGGAAAAUGCUGCGGGAACGGACUGUGCGGUUGCAGUACGGGAGCCGCGUGGAGGCGGUGUACGUGCUGGGUACGCAGCUCUGGACCGAUGUCUACAGUGCAGCCCCUGCUGGGGCCAAAGCCUUCAGCCUGAAGCACUCGGAGGGUGUGAAGGUGGAGGUCGUAUGUGAUGGAGAGGCAGAGGAGGUGGUCACCAACGGCAAACAGCGCUGGGCCCUGUCACCCAGCACCACACUGCGGCUCAGCAUGGCCCAGGCCAGCACAGAGGCCAGCAGUGACAAGGUCACUGUCAACUACUAUGAAGAGGAAGGCAGUGCCCCCAUUGACCAGGCUGGGCUCUUCCUCACGGCCAUUGAGAUCUCACUGGAUGUGGACGCAGACCGGGAUGGAGAGGUGGAGAAGAACAAUCCUAAGAAGGCAUCCUGGACCUGGGGUCCUGAGGGCCAGGGUGCCAUCCUGCUGGUGAAUUGUGACCGAGACACACCCUGGUUGCCCAAGGAGGACUGUAGUGACGAAAAGGUCUACAGCAAGCAAGACCUCCAGGACAUGUCUCAGAUGAUCCUGCGGACCAAGGGCCCUGACCGCCUGCCCGCCGGGUAUGAAAUAGUCCUCUACAUUUCCAUGUCGGACUCGGACAAAGUUGGCGUGUUCUACGUGGAGAACCCGUUCUUCGGCCAGCGCUACAUCCACAUCCUGGGCCGGCGGAAGCUCUACCACGUGGUCAAGUACACCGGCGGCUCUGCGGAGUUGCUGUUCUUCGUGGAAGGCCUCCGUUUCCCCGACGAGAGUUUCUCAGGCCUGGUUUCCAUCCACGUCAGUCUGCUGGAGUAUAUGGCGGAGGGCAUCCCGUUGACGCCCAUCUUCACAGACACGGUGACGUUCCGGAUUGCGCCCUGGAUUAUGACCCCUAACAUCCUGCCGCCCGUGUCAGUGUUCGUGUGCUGCAUGAAGGACAAUUACCUGUUCCUGAAAGAGGUGAAGAACCUGGUGGAGAAGACCAACUGCGAACUCAAAGUUUGUUUUCAGUACAUGAAUCGCGGUGACCGCUGGAUCCAGGAUGAGAUCGAGUUUGGCUACAUUGAGGCACCCCACAAAGGCUUCCCGGUAGUGCUGGACUCCCCUCGAGAUGGAAACCUGAAGGACUUUCCUAUUAAGCAACUCCUGGGCCCGGAUUUCGGUUAUGUGACCCGAGAGCCCCUCUUUGAGACUGUCACCAGCCUCGAUUCCUUUGGGAAUCUGGAGGUCAGUCCCCCAGUGACUGUGAACGGCAAGGCAUACCCACUUGGCCGGAUUCUCAUCGGGAGCAGUUUCCCACUGUCUGGAGGCAGGAGGAUGACCAAGGUGGUACGUGACUUCCUGCAGGCCCAGCAGGUGCAGGCACCCGUGGAACUCUACUCCGACUGGCUGACUGUAGGCCACGUUGAUGAGUUUAUGACCUUCAUCCCCGUCCCAGGCAAAAAGGAAUUUCGGCUGCUCAUGGCCAGCACCUCCGCCUGCUACCAGCUCUUCCGGGAAAAGCAGAAAGAAGGCCACGGGGAGGCCAUUAUGUUCAAGGGCCUCGGGGGCAUGAGCAACAAGCGCAUUACCAUCAACAAGAUCCUGUCCAAUGAGAGCCUCACGCAGGAAAACCAAUAUUUCCAGCGCUGUCUGGACUGGAACCGUGACAUCCUUAAGAAGGAGCUGGCGCUGACUGAGAAGGACAUCAUUGACCUGCCCGCUCUUUUCAAGAUGGAUGAAGACCGGCAGGCCAGGGCCUUCUUCCCUAACAUGGUGAACAUGAUCGUGCUGGACAAAGACCUGGGCAUCCCCAAGCCUUUUGGGCCCCAGGUCGAGACGGAGUGCUGUCUGGAGACACAUGUUCGAGGCCUGCUGGAGCCCCUGGGCCUGGCCUGCACUUUCAUCGAUGACAUCUCCGCCUACCACAAGUUCCUGGGCGAGGUUCACUGUGGCACCAACGUCCGCAGGAAGCCCUUCGCCUUCAAGUGGUGGCACAUGGUGCCCUGACUGCCAGGGGUCCUGACCUUUCCUCCUCCUCCUCCCCUGUGGUCUCCGGGUCCUUCCUGUACCCCCAAGUCCUUCCCCUACAAGAAGCGGGUGGGAAUGGGGGCUAUAUGUGCCUUGCUGUCCCCUGGGGAAGGACCUCAGUGCCCACUGAAGACACCCCAAGUGAGCCCAACCAUCUCCCCACCUAAAACUAGCCGCACGUGCGGUCAGUGUGCAGAGCCCUGGCAGGGAAAAGCGGGCUUCAGCAAAUCAUGUGGUCAGACUGUCCCCCAGGAAUACUCAGCCUCUACUCCAGAUCAGAAUGAGGAGAGGGAGAAGGGAGGCUCUGGGGCCAUCGGCUCUCCUAGCACCCAUCAGACAUUCAAGGUAGACCACGAGCGAGGACCGGGGCUGGGGUCCUGGCGUAUUUUGGACGGCGCCAUCACUUCAGACUCACCUCCCUC